AUGGACUCACUACGCCUGCCACAGUCAAUGGCUGCUCAAACCAAUGGCAAAGAAGACCACAAUGAGAGACAUGGAAAGAAGAGCAAAGAGGUCCCAGCGAGUCCUGCACACUCCACUGUGGCUUUGAUUGAAGAGGAGCCGGAGGACGUCGACCCAUGGGACAUGCCGGAGCUGAAGGACACCGGGGUCCCCUGGUCAGCUCUGGAUACCAGAGGGAAGGUUUUGAAGGUGUUGUUGUCGGUGGGGAAGUUGAUCUUGUUGCUGGGUUUCCUCUACAUUUUCAUCUGCUCUCUCGACGUCCUCAGCUCAGCAUUCCAGCUCGUUGGAGGUAAAGCAGCAGGAGACAUCUUUCAGGACAACUCAAUUCUGUCCAACCCUCUGGCUGGCCUGGUCAUCGGUGUUUUGGUCACCCUGUUGGUUCAGAGCUCGUCCACUUCCUCCUCCAUAGUUGUCAGCAUGGUCUCCUCUGGACUGCUGACGGUCCAGCUGGCUGUUCCUAUCAUCAUGGGCACCAACAUCGGCACCUCUGUCACCAACACACUAGUCGCCAUGACGCAGGCUGGUGACCGCAGCACCUUUCGCAGGGCUUUUGCAGGGGCCACAGUGCACGACUUCUUCAACUGGCUCUCUGUGCUGGUGCUGCUGCCUCUGGAGGUCGCCACCGGUUAUUUGUAUGAGGUCACCAAGCUCAUCAUCGACUCUUUCCAAAUUCAGAGUGGAGAGGCCCCAGACCUGUUAAAUGUGAUCACUGAUAUCCUCACUGAGUCAAUUAUACAGUUGGAUGAGUCUGUCAUUAGUGGGAUUGCCACCGGAGACCCAGAAGCCAGGAAUAAGAGCCUCGUCAAGAAAUGGUGCCAAACCUUCACCAACACAACCUUAAUGAACGUCACAGUUCCUGGUCCAGAGAACUGCACGUCUCCGUCUCUCUGCUGGGUCGAUGGCAACUACACCUCCACACUGAAGAACAUUUCUGAAACAUACAAUGUCCAUAAAUGUAAGCAUCUCUUUGUGAAUGUGAGUCUGCCUGACCUGGCCGUGGGUCUGAUCCUGCUGGCUCUGUCUCUGCUGGUGCUCUGCUCCUGCCUGAUCCUGAUCGUCAAGCUGCUCAACUCCAUGCUGAAAGGACAGGUGGCCGGAGUCAUCAAGAAGAUCCUCAACACCGAUUUCCCUUUUCCAUUCGGCUGGGUCACAGGUUACAUUGCCAUUUUUGUCGGAGCUGGAAUGACCUUCAUUGUGCAGAGCAGCUCGGUUUUCACUUCUGCUAUUACUCCACUUGUUGGUAUUGGUGUCAUCAGCAUAGAGAGAGCAUACCCAUUGUCUCUGGGUUCAAAUAUUGGCACAACCACCACAGCCAUCCUGGCGGCUAUGGCUAGUCCUGGAGACACACUGGCUAAUGCUCUACAGAUUGCCCUCGUGCACUUCCUGUUCAACAUCUCUGGCAUCCUUCUGUGGUAUCCAAUCCCCUUCACCCGCGUCCCUAUCCGGCUGGCCAAAGGCCUGGGGAACAUCACCGCCUCCUACCGCUGGUUUGCUGCCGUCUACAUCAUCCUCUGUUUCUUCGUUUUGCCGCUCUUCGUCUUCAGCCUCUCGCUGGGCGGCUGGCAGGUACUGGUGGGUGUGGGUGCACCUCUGGUCGUCAUGUUGAUCAUCAUCAUGGUGAUCAACGUGCUGCAGAAACGGAAACCCGAGUGUCUGCCUGCAGCACUGCGAUCCUGGGACUUCCUCCCUCUCUGGGCCCACUCCCUGGUUCCCUGGGACAAAGUGGUUGGUGUAAUUACCGCCAAAUGCUGUUGCUGCUGCAAAUGCUGCCAGCUUGCCGCUGACAAUCAAGAACCCAGAGAGAAAGAAUCUGUAGAAAAUAACAAGAAAUCCCACACAGAGGCGUAUGAUAACCAUGCAAUGAGUGCAGAGAAGGAGGUGGAAAAUGAGAUAAAUUUAGAGCUAAAAAUCCUGAAUAUGACCCGGCUUUGAGAUUUUAUAUAUACAUACUGUAUAGUGUGACUGGUCAUGGCAGAAGGACCAAACACAUUUAGGCAAAACUGUCAAAUUUCCGUAAUAUUUAUGUUAUUACUUUAGUGUGAGAUGGGAAAUGGUUAUGUAGGGAAUUCCAACUCUCUGGGUAUCAAGAGCCAGACAAAGAAAAUAACACAUGCAGGAAAGUGUUGGACUUUCAGCUGCAUAGUGUUAACUGAAGUGGCCUUUAAAGGAUAAAGCUGGCAAUAUUCUUUUUUUUUUUGUAUUUGUCAACAAAUGCACAAUUACAAAAUGCACAAUGCGUUAGUCCAUCUCUCAGUAAACUUUCUGACUUUCCUUACCCUGUUCGUGGCUUUCAGCCUCAAGCCAGUUGGCUCCUGCUGAAGACGUAAAUAUUAAAAAUAGCUACAAAACAUAUAGUUUAAUUUUUAUAGAGGCAAAAUAAUAAUACAGCUGGGCGCUUUAUAGUUUACAGCAAACGUUACUCAAACAGAAGGAAAGUGUGCAUUUGUUGGGGACUAUUUUCAGCUGCGGAUUAAUAGUAUUUUAGUGAGUAUUUCCGGCAGCAGGAUGGUGUAUGUGGGAUCGACUAACAACUAACUGCAGUGCCCAGGUUCAUCAUGAUGAAGGGACUUGUCACCCAGUGCAACGGUGUGAUUCACAUGUGUUUUUAAUUGUUUUUAGCAUGCAUUUUUAGCAGUUUGAUUUUCCAGUUUUAGCAAAUACUUCAAAGUGUUCUUAACUACUUAAUCAAUGAUUUUCUUUUUAUUGUUCAGCACAAAGAUUUAAUAAGAAUUCAACUGUGACGACAGAAAAUCUUGUGCACAAGUAUAUUCAAUAAGAAAUUGUUUAUUAAUUGUAACCGAGGUAAAUUAAAAAUUCAUUGUGAUAUUGAGUUUAAGUGAUAUUGCCCGUCCUACUAAUUAGCAAAUAUUAAAAUGUCAACAUUCGAAAGUAGGGCUACGUUCCAAGUCACAUACAUUUUCUUUUUACUUCAAGUACAUACUGCAGCUGCUCUUACUGUUGCAUGCAGUAUGCAUACAAUUGGGACAUACUACU